AUGGCGAACUCCGCAGACCGCUCCGAUAGCCACGAUGCGAACCGAUCCUCCACACAUCAGCAUGUGCUGGGAAUUCCUCGACCUCCAUCCGUUGGAGGGAUUUCAUCCCGAGUGACGGAUAUGGCCUCGGAAGAUGGAGAGCCCUCUGUGUCCUACACAUCGCCACCACAUUCGGUCCAACCUCGUCCCUCCGUCUCUAGACGUGCACCGCCCCCAACCCGUAGCUCGAUAGCUGCAUCCAGUCAGAGACCCGGUAGCUCAGGGAGUCGGCUGAGCAGAACACACAUUCCGUCUCUAACGGCUCAAGCGUUCUUUCGGCCGAUGAGCUCGCAGCGACUGCAGGCACAUCGAGGAGGACGGCCAAUGACGAAGGGGACGGUAUCUUCAACUGAUGAUUGGAACGACCAAAAUAGUCAAAAUCGGCGGAGCUUGAUUUCGAACAGCACGCUUCAACAAGGAUCGCUCCCACAGGUGGAUAUGGAAGCUCCACCAUCACGAGGCACAGAGUUCACAGACCCCAUCAUUCCCGACCGAAACACCUCGAAUGCAAGCCCAACUGGCAACACUACGAUUCGAAGCUUAGGUGAAAGUGUCAGGCUACUACGUGAUCGGGAUCAAAUGGACAAGCCUCGCCCCGGCCAUUUGAACCUCGGCGCGAACUAUACUGGACAUCAUGGUCAAGAGGUGCCUCCCAAAUCGCCCCUGUCUUUCCUGUCAUUGCAGAACAAGGGCUCCGCGCAUAACAACCAUGAUGCCCGAGGUCAUGAGCGACUUUCUUCUGCUGGCUCAUCUCCAGGGCCAAUGGAUGUCAAGAAAGAGUUGCCACGGGCUAACCUAGGCAAGAAUUGGGAGUACUUUGUCGGCAAUACUCUCUUCUGUUUUGGUGGCCGAUUCCUUAACUCAAGGGAUAAGCCUAUCAACAUCGCAACGGGUUUCUUGUUGGUUGUUCCGUCAGCCUUGUUCUUUGCAUUCUCCGCUCCCUGGCUGUGGAACAAUGUCUCUCCAGCCAUUCCCAUCUUGUUCGCAUAUGUCUUUUAUAUCUGCUUCUCCUCAUUUGUACAUGCCUCUGUGGUUGAUCCGGGAAUUAUGCCUCGAAAUGUUCACCCGAUGCCUCCUAUGGAUAGGUCUGAUGAUCCAUUGGCCGUUGGCCCUCCCACAAACGACUGGGUUAUGGUCAAACUGGCCACGUCUGAUGUUGCUGCUAUGGACGUGCCUGUCAAGUACUGCAAGACCUGUGCGAUCUGGCGUCCUCCUCGCUGCUACCACUGUCGUGUCUGCGACAACUGUGUGGAGACACUCGACCACCACUGUGUCUGGCUGAACAAUUGCGUUGGCCGACGCAACUACCGCUACUUUUUUGCCUUUGUGAGCUCGUGUACGAUUCUCGCUCUGUUUUUGAUCGGAGCCAGUCUGGCGCACAUUCUGCUUUAUAUGAAUCGCGAAGGAAUCUCCUUUGGGGCGGCCAUCUCCAAGUGGCGCGUACCAUGGGCAAUGGUUAUCUACGGCAUCAUUGCGGUGCCCUACCCGACCUCGUUGUGGGCAUACCACUUGUUCCUGGUUGGCCGUGGUGAGACUACGAGAGAAUAUCUCAAUUCCCACAAGUUCCAAAAGCAGGAUCGUCAUCGGCCGUUUACUCAAGGCAAUGCCCUGACCAACUGGAUUGCCGUUUUGGGGCGACCUCGUCCUCCUACCUACAUGCAAUUCAAGCGUCCCUAUCAAGAAGGAGACCAGCGCUAUGCGAUGCAAAAGCGCAAGUACCUUCCUCGCGACGUCGAGUCUCAGGCGGGAAUUGAGAUGCAAACUGUCGGUCCUCAUCGGUAG